AUGUCAACCAAAUCCAUCGAGCUAUCCUACACCCUUCAUCCCCCUUCAUCAAUCCCUCCUCCAACCGAUUCCUCUUCCAACCCCAUACCAUUAUCAUCCACCACAAAUUUCCCAGUACCUUCAGAGCCUACACCCAACUCAGAAAUAAGUUUACCACCUAAGAUCACCCAGACCUUAUCAGUUACUGCGAAAUACUACGAAUCCCUGACAUAUCAAAUCCGCAAUGUUCAACAAUCACUUAACGAUACGCUAACAAAGUACAAAGAUGCUGUAGGAGAUCUGGAAAAGUCUAAAGAGGAUUUCGGAAAGGUAGCUCAUGGGAUGGGAAGGGCAACGGUCAUGAGUCUAGCUGUGAAUGGGGAUUUCAAAGAUCAGAGGGAGGGAUAUCAGAAACAGGUGGGGGUGGAUAGUGAAAGCGAAGAGGAUAGUGAGAGUGAUUAG